AGUUUAAACCGGCCGUGCCAGGUUGUUGCCUCACGUCUGGACGAGCAUUAUACAUGAGGAUCUGCAGAGGGAAGUCCAUCAUAGACAUGAAAAUAGAGGCCAGACGUGCUUGAGGUUUUGGAAACAUGUCCAAGAAAAGGGGCAGGAAGCGCAGCAGUGGCGAGCUGAGCGACAGUCUCACUCCAGAUCCCAACAACCUGCUGGGCCGACGCAUCCAACACAGCUGGAGGGAGAAGGGCGCGCUGACCAAGUGGAAGGGCACGGUGCUGGACCGCCUCAGCGUCAACUCCUCCCUGUUCAUGGUCAAGUACGACGGCUUCGAUUGCGUCUAUGGCAUCGAGCUCUUUAAAGAUGAGAGGGUCUCCAACCUGCAAGUUCUCACUGAGAAAGUGGUGAACAACAAGAUCAAGGUUCCUCAUGACGCAGAGGAGCUGGUGGGAAAAGCCGUGGAGCAUCUGUUUGAGAAGGAGGACGGUGAGAAGAACGAGUGGAGGGGGAUGGUCCUGUCCCGAGCGCCCAUCAUGACCAACUGGUACUACAUCACAUACGAGAAAGACCCUGUGCUCUACAUGUACCAGCUCUGGGACGACUACAAAGACGGAGACCUCCGGAUUUUACCUGAAGCGGAGAAUAAACACCUGCUGCCCGCAGACAGGAAGCCCGGCGAGGAAACAGAGAGCCUUGUGGGUAAACAGGUGGAGUAUGUGACGGAUAAAGGAGUAAAGAGAACGGGCCUCGUCAUCUAUCAAGUCCCCGCCAAGCCGUCCGUCUACUACAUCAAAUACGAUGACGAUUUCCACAUCCACGUGUACGACCUGGUCAAGACCACCUAAAAGAAACAGACAAAACAAACCCACGGCUUCACCUCUUCGUAGCUUAAGUGUCAUCGCCUCUCAGUGUACAGGAGGGACUGUAUGAAGCGUACGUGUACAGGGUUUGUGCUUUUGAGUUGAUGCCAUUGUCCACAAUUGUCAUAUCAAAACAGUGUAUUUAUACGUGCGAGUUGGACAUCAUUUGGUGUUUAUAAUCCCAUGGAAUAUCUUCGAUUCAGCCGUAGGCCCUGGAAAAGGUCAGUCUCGUUUUUCGAGAUUUGUGUAUGAAUGUUCGGUCUCGCGAGACUGCGAAGGAGUUUCUUGCUUUCGAAUUGUAAAUAGUUCUGGUAAAAAAAAAAAAAAGACUAACCUCAGAGAGACAUUUGAUUACAAAUGAAACUGUCUAACUGAUUUAUUUAUAGAACUAAUAUGCUUCAUAACAAACGUUUGCUCCCAGAAAUGCAGUUGAAACCUUUGAGUUGGCAUUUUCUAAUGCAUUGUGUCGCUCUUUUAGUUGCGAUUUCCCCCCAAAUCAGAUCAGAUACGCAACGAGACGGAUGCCUUUCUGCGCUUUUCGAUUUUAAAAGUGAAAGUCCAGUCAGUAAAAGCAUUAAACUAGGACUAUAUCUGGUUUUGAACAGAUGUAGCAUAGAGAAAGCAUGUUUUUGAAAUGGUUUUCUAUAGUGAUUUAACAUCAGAUGAACAUUAAGUGACUGACUGUAAAAUGCUCAACGAAUAGGGUUGCCCGUUUUGUCCUGUGUGAAAUCAUCCGUUUCGUUACACAUUUGUUUUUGUUGACUGUAGAGCACUUGUUUCUUACACCAAGCCACGUACUACAGCUGUGAUUUUGAAUGUCAAGCAUAGCAAAAAUUAAACCAGUCUCCUUUUUUGUUUGAUUGUAUGAAGAUGACAAAUUCGAUUAGACGUGACGGUGCACAGUAGUAAUUGAUUAACAAUCAGUUAUUGCAAAAACAAGAUUUUGUUACGUAGCCGACGUCUAAAAAGCCUUGGUUUAGUAAAACACGGAUCAAAUCCAAUCCAGCAGGCUGGAUAGAGCUGUUAGACCUCUACAGACAUCUUUGCCUCCACUGUGAAUUAAAGGCAGGUUAUUGCGUUAUUGUCCCAGCUAAUUUGAGCAAAGCUUCAUGAAAAAGACAGUUUUGUUCUUUUACUUGACUUGGGAGAUGUUCCCCCAUGUGUGCACGGCGAGCUUUUAUCAUCACAGCACUUUUAAAGUGAUAAAACAGCAACUUUAAUUGUCUUUUGUGGCGGUUUUUUGCUAUUCUUGCUUUUGGCAUCGCGUCACGUUUUAUUGUAAAUGCAGCACUUGAGCAAGUUCGUGUAGAUGAUUUGGCCUUUUUGCUUGUAGUUUUUGCACUUUAUUCUUACACUGUCUCGCAGGAACUCAAAGAUUACUAAAUGAGUAAAUUAUACAUGGAGUGUCUUAGUGAUUGGCAUCACCAAAAUGAAAUCAAAACUAAAUUUCUUGAAGCUGAAAUUGCGUUUGUUGGUUUUUAAUAUGGCAAAUUCUAUCAUUUUUAUGAUUAAAUCUAACACUAUUAUUUUUUUUUUUCUGGAAAUUAAUUUAAUCACAUUUUUCCAAUUUAACCAC